UGCACUAAUAUAUCAAAGACAUAGCAAAUGUUCCAAGAGACAGUAGCACACAAGCAAAGUAGAAGCCAUAUUAUCAUCAAUUAAUGUCCAAACAAAGGUUGCAGGGUAAGGUGGCUAUUGUAACCGGUGGAGCCACCGGAAUAGGAGCUGAAGCAGUGAGGAUAUUCGUGGAGAACGGUGCUUCCGUAGUCAUAGCAGACAUCAAGGACGAAUUGGGUCACAACUUGGCAACUUCGUUAGGCUUAGACAAAGUGGAUUACCGCCACUGUGAUGUGAGAGAUGAAAAACAAGUUGAAGAAACAGUUUCUUUCACAUUAGAGAAAUAUGGUAGCUUAGAAAUUUUGUUCAGCAAUGCUGGAAUCGCAGGCCCUUUAUCGAGCAUUCUAGACUUCGAUCUGAAUGAAUUCGACAACACCAUGGCCGUGAACCUUCGCGGUGCAAUGGCAGCCAUCAAGCACGCGGCACGUGUCAUGGUGGCCAGAGAGACACGUGGAUCCAUAAUUUGCACGACCAGUGUGGCUGGUUCCUUCGCGGGAUGCGCGGGCCAUGAUUACACCGCAUCCAAACACGGCCUUAUUGGGCUUGUUCGCUCGGCGUGUAGCGAGCUUGGAGCUAAGGGGAUAAGAGUGAAUUCCAUUUCGCCGUAUGCGGUUGCGACGCCUCUGACUUGUGAGACAUUCGAUAUGGAGCCUGGUGAAGUUGAAGCUGCGGGACAUGCUUUGGCCAACUUGCAUGGAAUCACGUUGAAGCCUACUCAUAUUGCUCAAGUUGCUCUUUUUCUUGCAUCUGAUGAAUCGGCUUAUAUAAGUGGACACAACUUGGUGGUGGACGGAGGUUUCUCCGUCGUUAAUCGUGGCCUUCCUAGCAUUAAAAAUUAAAUGAUCCCAUCAUCUGUGAUGCCAGAUGCAAUGAUGCAUUGAAGAAGCCAAUAUUAUAUCAUGUAUGGGUUAUGUUCGGCUAAACUUUUACUAUAUAUA